AUGCCGCUGCUCCAUCGAGCUCAGAGGACUUCGCGGUCCAAACUCACCGUCCAACACCUCCGCCUCCAGGGCGGCGCCCCCGUGCUCCACCUCGCCGCCACCGCAAGAACCCACCAACUCCAGGGACAAAAAAAUGAAGAAAAAAAAUCCAACACAGAUCCACCGGACGACACCGCUGACGGCCGGAUCCGCCACCCGCGCGCCUCCUCCUCCAAGCCAGCGGCCAGAUCCGCCACCGGUCGCAUCCCCCGCCUGGCGGAUCCCGGCGGCGAUCGGGAUGGAGCGAGAGGGGGAAGGGUCCGGGGAACCUGGCGGAUGACGGCGCCGAAGGGCGGAGCCGGUCGGAUCCCCCGCCGGCGGCGGGGCGGAGCUAACGGCGGGGGUCAAGAGGUGGGGAGCCCGGGAGGGGGCGGCGGCCGAGGGCAGCAACCGGUGGCGGGGGAGGAGGGCGAGGGGCAGAGGACGGCGACCGGCGGCGAGACGGAGCGAAUGGCGGGGUCGAGAGGUGGGUGCCCGGGAGGGGGCGGUGCCCGAGGGCAGCGACCGCUGGCGGGGGACGAGGACGAGGGGCAGAGGACGGCGGCCACCGGCGGGAGCAGAGGGCAGCGGGGCGGUGCCGAGGCACGCUAG